CGUAAGAAAGAAAGAGCUUCUUCUCUUUCCUUUUAGCGAAUCCCAUUUUUUAUCUGUUUCCCUCUGCAGCACAAACUCUUUAUCAUCCAAAUAAAAAACAGCAAAUCUUUUUUUUUUUUAAUUAUUGGACGAAAAUAAAAAAAACAAGAGGGCCUCUCGCCCUCUUAAUAAAAAGCUUCAUCCUCUCCAAUCUUUUAGAUUUCAUUCUCGUUUUUUUUUACUCUUCUCCCUUUUCUUAAACUUCGGAAUCCAGGAUCGUGGGUCGAUCGAUCGGUUCACAGAAUCCGAUCAAGACCCAUCUGUUCAUAUUCAUCAAACACAUCCUAUUGCUUUCCACAACGAAUGGAGAUGGAGUCAUCACGUAAGCUCUUCAUCGGUGGGAUCUCUUGGGAGACCACCGAAGACCGUCUUCGCGAGUAUUUUCAGAGCUUCGGCGAGGUUUUGGAGGCUGCUAUUAUGAAGGAUCGAGCCACUGGUCGUGCUCGUGGCUUCGGUUUCCUUGUCUUCGCUGAUCCUACUGUCGCUGAGAGAGUCGUGUUGAUCCGACACGUCAUUGAUGGUAAAAUUGUUGAGGCCAAGAAGGCAGUUCCAAGAGACGACCACGUAGUAUUGAACAGAAGCAACAGUAGCCUCCAGGGAUCACCUGGCCCAGCAACCAGCAAAAAGAUCUUUGUUGGAGGCCUCGCUUCAUCGGUCACUGAAGCUGAGUUCAAGAUGUAUUUUGCUCAGUUCGGGACGAUCACCGACGUUGUGGUGAUGUAUGACCACAGAACCCAGCGACCUAGAGGCUUUGGGUUCAUCUCUUUUGAAUCAGAGGAGGCUGUAGACAGAGUUUUGCAGAGGACGUUCCACGAACUCAAUGGAAAGAUGGUUGAGGUCAAACUGGCCGUUCCCAAGGAAAUGGCUCUCAACCCAAUCCGGAACCAGAUGAAUGUAAAUAGCUUUGGCAGUAGUAGAAUCAGCGCAUUGCUGAUGAACGACUACACUCAAGGAUUCAGCCAGAGUCCUAUCUCAGGUUAUGGAGUGCAACCUGAAGUUAGGUACAGUCCAGGAGUAGGUGGUAAUAGGGGAGGAUUCUCACCGUUUGGACAUGGAUUUGGAAUCGAGCUGAAUUUUGAGCCAGGCCACUAUGGAUCUGGUUCCAGUGCAGGCUUUGGACGGCCCUUUAGCCCAGGAUAUGCUGCGAGUCAAGGCAGGUACGGUAGCCAGAUUGAGUCUGGUGCAAGGAACAACUUAUGGGGAAAUGGUGGUGGUUUAGGAGGUUACAUGUCAAACUCUCCGAUAUCUAGGAGCAGCUUUAACGGAAACUCUGGAAUGUCUUCACUAGGCAGCAUUGGGGACAACUGGGGAGGAGCUGCACGUGCACGUAGUGGCUAUCGCAGUGAGGGAGGAGGGUUAAGUGAGGGAGGAGGGUUAGGUUUAGAUGCAAUGAGAGGGGUUCAUGUUGGUGGUUACAGCAGCGGCUCAAGCAGCUUGGAGACAGAAUCUCUGUACAGCGACUCGGCGUGGCUUUCGCCUCCUGCAAAGGCGGAGGAAAGAUUGGGAAUGGGAGCAUUUGACUUCAUGUCUAAAGGACCAGCUGCUGGAUACAUCAACAGGCAACCAAACGGAGGUAUUGCAGCUUAGAGAAGUGUGAGAAGUCUCUAUUAUAUGGAGAUUUGCAAGAAUUGCUAUUUGCGGAAUGAGAGUUUUUAGAAGAGGAAAACUUCUCGGUUA